UAAUAUAAGACGAGUUAUUUUUAUCACUAUCAUUUAGUACCAACAACCAAACAGUAAAUAAAUUACACAAAUUCUUGUAUGAGACGGUCUCAUACAAAGCAAGCUCAAUAGGUCUCACCAUUAGACCGUUAUAAAAGACCCGGGUUAGAAUCAGGGCAACGGAAUCAAUUCUUUGUUGCAGACUUGCAGCUUUUCAGAAUUGGCGGGAACAUUAAGCAACUAAAGAGUAGAAAAAAAAAGAAAGUAGGAGUAAGUGAUUUGUCUGCCAAAACCAAAAUUUCAAAAGGGGAAGAAGAGAAGAAACUAGAAAGAGAGAAGAAAAGGAAGCGGUGGUUCGCUUUGCCCUUUCCGGCAUUCUGUCUGGCGGUCACCGUCGUAGAAGAUCACCGUUGAACUUGAAGACCACCAUCAAAGCAGACUCAAGCCGGGGCUACAAUUGACGAACUCGGAAAAGGAAAAACCAAAGGACAACGUAUAAUUGCAAGUCUAGGGUUUCUACUUUCAAAAAUGGAGAAAUCAAUAAGGAGAGUAACGAAUUAUCGAGGUUAUGAAGAGAACACUUUAGCCAUCCUUGAAACCUUUUGUGCUCUUGACUCUUCACACGUCCAUGACGAUCGUUUGGCAUUUCUGGAAGCUGUUCGCUUUUCUUCUAUUGUCCCUGAAAACGGAACGGCUCCGACCUGCAAAAUGAUGGAAGCCAUUUUUGAAAUCAUGAGGGAUGCCAAGUCUUUGGAACUCAUUUUAGCUAGUUAUCGUCUUCUUUCUGAAUUAGAAAAGCGUUUUCCUCGAGUUUGUUUAUUUAAGGAAGACAAUAAGCUUUCACUUUCGGAUAAACCUGUUGAGCUACUUGUUGGAGAGGCUUGGUCACCGUUUUCUAUUGGCCCAGAUGUUGCUUCCAGUGACAGACAUACAGCAAAUAGAAGAUCUAAUGAACUUGUUGAUGCUAUUAGUUUUCAGCUUUUGUUAGAAAGUCUUUGUGAAGUAGCUAAAGGAACAAAAUCCUCAGACACAAAGUACUUAAUUGAUAUUCUGGAAGGGGAUUUUUUACCCCGUAACAGCAGCUUUUUAGAGAACUUAAAUUGGACUUCUCUUAGAGAUUCUUUGCUGAAUAAGCUUUUGGGAUCUAGGCGGUUAAAUUACAAAAACUUGGUAAAAGAUAGCCUCUUUAUACUGUGUAAUCAGUUCCAUGCUCAUUAUCUCACAAACCAUGAUACUGGAGCUGCUAAAAGUUCUUCACCUACAAUGUGCGACAAUAGCGAUCCUGCUUUGGCCUUUUGUUUACCAGAUGCAGAAAAGUGUACAUGUAAAGCUGUGCAAAGAUUUCUAAUUAUGAUGAUGGAUCUUGACUCGUCAAGGAAAAAGGCAGGUAUGCAAGGUCUCACUACUAGAGUGGAUGGUGUAAGAACACCUGUGAUCGAGUUAAUAAUGGACGAGCUCUCUUACCACAAAGACAAAAUUUCUCCAUUUCUUCAGGCUUUUGAUGAGCCUAAAUUGAAGCUGGAAAUAGUGUCACAAUACAUUCAAAAGUACAACGUCAAACCAUCUACUCGCAAGAGGAAAUUAAUUGAUUCUCCAGAUGAUGCAGCUAUUACAGGAUUCUUGAAGUGCUUCUUGAGUAGUACCAGUACAAAAGGCAUUGUUAGGAAAGUAGGUUCUGAAGCAGUUCAAGUACUGUUGGCACAUCUGCUUCAGGCUUCUAUGUCAAUUCCUGAUGAGCAUCUUAUUGAAGAAAUAUCUGGUUUAGAAAAUGAUUUCAGAAGCAGUCCACUCGUAAACAUUUGCAAUAGUAUAAUUUCUGCCUUCACCAAGCUCAAGGAGACAGAUGCACACUUGGAGCUCUUGCCUAUAAGCAAGGAAGCAUUAUUUACUGCAGCAACUGUCCUGUCUACAAGAUCAUAGGUACAUUGUAUAACUCAUCUGUCCAUGGAGUACUUUGCCGAAUCUGUAAAACAAAGCAAAUCAAGUGAUGAAGGCUUGGAAAAAUUGAAAUCUUCAUCAUCUGGAGAUGCUGAAACUAACAUAUCUAGUGGUUUUGAUUGCAAUAUCUGCCUAGACAUUGUUCGAGACCCUGUCAUAACAUUUUGUGGUCAUCUCUACUGCUGGCCUUGCAUCUAUAGGUGGAUUCAGUCCGAGAGAAGUUCUUCUGAAAACUUUGUUCUACAACAACAAUCUCAAUGUCCUGUUUGCAAAGCUCAAGUCACGCAAAAUACUUUGAUACCCCUCUAUGGUCGAGGGCAGUCUAGAGAACAGCCUGAUCAAACAGGUGGCAAAAUAGACCUCGUUAUCCCUCAUAGGCCUAGCGGUCCUCGUUGUGGGGUCCACACAAUAAUAACCGGUGCAUCUACUAGUCCGCAUCCUAGUCAACAACUCAAUUACCAUGCUUACUCUCACCCUCGCUAUCACCAAGUACAUCCACUCUACUCAGAUGAGCAUUCCUGGUCACCUACACUCGGGUUUGCAGGAACUACCACAUACAAUCCUAUGAUUGACAUCUUUGGCGAAAUGAUCUAUGAUCGGAUGUUCGGAAACUUACAAACGACGCUUUAUACUUGUCCAAACACGUACAGUGUUGCGACCAUGAGUAGCCCUAGGUUGAGGCGGCAUGUGAUGCAAGUAGAUAGGUCGUUGAGCAGAGUCAGUUUUUUCCUGUUAUGCUGUGUUAUCGUGUGCCUCCUCCUGUUUUGAGUCGAACAAACCGCCAUACUCCCAACAUGCAUCUAUCUAAUACUUUUACUCCUUGUAUAUAUGAAAUUAGACCGUUAUAUGACCACAUUUCAUGAAAUGCAGAAAACUAUCGUAAUCAGGAUGCUUCUUUUAGUGCCACUACUGGAAUAUUUCAUGUAUACACGCAUGUGCAGAUAAGUCAUUGUAUAGAUUAAAUUCUUGUAUAAUUGCUUACUUCUAUUUAAGGGAAUAUAUUUGUUGCAAACUAUGUGGUCAAACUGAUGCCGAUACAUUUCUCUAGUGAGCUGGUUUUGUAUCAUGUCACGUAUAAGAAUUGCUUUUUCUAAAA